AAGUGCAGAGUAUGAGCAUAUUUAUACAUACGUUUAAGUCCGGAGAAAAAAAGUGAAAUAGUGUAAAGCGAGAGAGUAGAGAGAGAUAGAUGGCCAUGACAACGAAGUCAGUUUCUUCCCUCGCCAUAUUUUUCAUCCUCUGUCUGGUUAUCUUUGAAGUGCCCGAGACAGAAGCGCAGGAUAGAAAAUGUCUUAAAGAAUACGGAGGCGACGUGGGUUUCAGCUUCUGCGCGCCUCGGAUAUAUCCGUCGUUCUGUUAUCAGAGAUGCCGUCAGAACAAGGGAGCGAAAGGUGGAAAAUGCCGUUCAGAGGCCGGCACUGGUAUGAAAUGCUUAUGCGAUUUCUGCAGCAACACGCCUUAAAUCAAAUUCUAAGCGAUCGUUACAUACUUUGGCCGAAGACGCAGACGCCUUGUGUUUGAAUCUUGUAUGUAUCAUGGUUUGUGUAAUAAUAAAGGCCAAUGGUCCAAGUAGUAACUUAAUUAAUAAGGGAAAUAAAUAAAAUAAAUAAAGAGAA